AGAGGUCCUAAUCUGUGCACUCGUGUCCGUCCCUAUCUGCAUCCCCCCUGCCCGUCCCAGUCCCUGCUUCCAUUGGUCCCCGUUAGUCCUGUGGUUCUCACAUCCUGUUCCCGUGGCUCAGCCCAGUUCCAGCCGCACCCCCAGCACAGCCGCCCGGGGAAUAUGACGUCCGCUCCGAUCCGUUCACCUUCUCUGCAGCCGCACAAGAUGAAAAAGGACGAAUCUUUUCUGGGGAAACUCGGGGGCACCUUGGUCCGGAAAAAGAAAGCGAAGGAGGUGAGUGAUCUUCAGGAAGAGGGAAAAAAUGCCAUCAAUGCGCCAAUGUCACCAACACCCAUUGACCUUCACCCAGAAGACACUUUGCUCGAGGAAAAUGAGGAACGUACCAUGAUUGACCCCAGCUCAAAGGAGGAGGCAAAAUUCAAAGAACUUCUAAAGGUUCUUAUUGACUGGAUUAACGAGACUCUGGUGGAGGAGAGGAUAAUUGUAAAGAAUCUAGAGGAAGAUCUUUAUGACGGGCAAGUUCUGCAGAAACUUUUAGAGACACAAGCCCAGCGUAAACUGAACGUAGCAGAGGUGACGCAGUCAGAAAUUGGUCAGAAACAGAAGCUGCAGACUGUCCUGGAAGCUGUGCAGGAGCUCCUGAGACCGCAGGGGUGGGCUAUACGCUGGAAUGUUGACUCAAUCCACGGAAAGAAUUUGGUUGCCAUUCUACAUCUUCUAGUAGCCCUGGCUAUGCAUUUCCAAGCUCCGAUUCGACUUCCUGAACAUGUGUGCGUGCAAGUGGUUGUAGUCAAGAAACGGGACGGUCUCCUGCAGACGACUCAUGUGACCGAAGAACUGACAACCACUACUGAGUUAAUGAUGGGAAAGUUUGAACGCGAUGCAUUUGACACAUUAUUUGACCACGCUCCAGAUAAACUGAGUGUUGUUAAAAAGUCUUUGAUAACAUUUGUUAAUAAACACCUAAACAAGCUAAAUCUGGAAGUGACGGAACUAGAGAGUCAGUUUGCAGAUGGGGUUUAUCUGGUGCUAUUGAUGGGGUUGCUAGAAAACUAUUUUGUCCCUCUACACAACUUUUACUUGACACCUGAAGACUUUGAUCAAAAGGUGCACAACGUUUCUCUUGCUUUUGAGCUUAUGCAGGACGGAGGACUCAAGAAGCCCAAGGCUCGGGCAGAAGACAUUGUUAAUCUGGACCUUAAGUCUACAUUAAGGGUUUUGUACAACCUGUUCACAAAGUACAAGAACAUUGAGUGAAUCUUCAUCUACUGACAGACUGGACCUCUAUUUACUGUGCCUUAAAGCUAAUGUGCCCCUCCUGCCCACCAUCUAUACAAGAUAUUUUACAAUAUCUCAAUUUUAUUCUCUAAACUGAGCAGAAUAUUCCAGAUCAAACUUGGCAUUGCUGGUCCCAUAGCAAGAGACAUCCGUAUUAACCACUCUUGAAGUUAUUGUAUACUUUUUUGUCUUGCGCUAUCUUGUACAUAUGGGGAAACAUACAGUGCUUGUUUACUAUAUUAUGUAUUACAAACCAAAACAGAGUGUGCCGGAAAAAAGUGUAGCUAGGCUUUUCGGUCUUUUAAUGUAGUAGCUGCGUCUGCCAUUGAUAUUAUCAAGGUCAUUUAGAAAGUAUUAAACAGAUUAUUUUUCUAUUUAAUUAAAAUGUUGAGAUGUUUUUCUUGGCGUUUAAAUGUCAUUUUGGAUACUGAAAUGUUACAUUCACAAUUUAAAUGUGGUGUGUGUGUGUGUAUAUAUACAAUAAUCCACAGAGGCAAGCACUCACUGGCGUUUUUAAACAAACAGAUUUUACUGUGUAUAAAACAUAAAGUGAACGUUUUCGGGCCUAAGAUCUUCCUCGGACAGUGCUGGGUUCUUCUGGAUUGUCGUACAUAUAUAUAUAUAUAUAUAUAUAUGCAUACACAUUAUAUAUAUAUAUAUAUAUAUAUAUAUAUAUAUAUAUAUAUAUAUAUAUAUAUAUAUAUAUAUAUUGUGUAUUUUAUGCAUAUGUUUAGCUAUUCUUAUAUAGUAGUUAUGAGAAAAUGUAUCUUCCAUAGGUUGGGCAAUAAUAGCGUUGCGUCUGAAAUUAUGUAAUUAAUACAAACUUUCACCACUAAUAAUGGGGCUUUGGAACUUUCCAUCACACUAAUUUUUAAUCUUUUAUGGAGUGGUAAUAUGUUGCGAGCAAACCGAUUGAGCGGACCUAAUCCCAACAAUAAUUUUGUACUAACUAAAUACUAGGCAGCUUUAACAGUACUUGAUGACCUCAAAAUGCAUUUUCUGACAUUGCAGAUUUUUUUAUUUACAUUUUGUGCACCACUAAAAUCUAAUAACUAUGAUCUGUCGUAUCUAUUAAUUGCUAACAUGAUAUAUUUACCAAAACUUGAAUUUUUUUAGCAAUAUCUAUUAUUGAGAUUUUUUUUUCUAAUAUAAUUAAUUAUUUGAUAUAUACAAUUAUUUCUGGAGGAGGAAUAAAGUUUUUGUUUACCAAAGAUUUAUGUGAAAAAACACCUAUAUAAAUGUGUGUAUGCAUGUGUAUAUGUAUGAGUAAAUAUAUGAUAAAAAGAUAACCAUAUUUAUGUGGCUAUCAUUCCUAUAUACCAUGAAUCUGCUCUACAAAGUAUUAUUAAAAUCACUGGAUAUACAGAGAGUUAGUUUUGAUACGCUGUGUCUGAUUUUAACUUCAUGUUAAAACUGUUAUUUUGAAUUGCAUUAAAAUGUUCAGAGAAUUUAUUAUUGCUUGAGAUUUUGUAAGAAAUAUGUUGUUAUAUUUAUUGGCAUUCAGCUUAAUUCUCACACUUUUUGUUAAAACUUUUCAGUUUAUUAAAAUGUGACCUUUAAUAUCCA